AUGAGCCUAGAUGAUUUCCCAAACUUGAAGCACGUAGAUGGGCUUGUGCAAUUGCCCUGUUUGGAGGAGCUUGAUCUGGUGGACAUGCCUGCUGUUGAGAGCAUAAGUGGAGGCCCAUUUCCUUCGCUUGUGAAAUUUAAAAUAUAUGGACUACAUAGUCUGGGAGAGUUUCCGGAAAGUCUGGGAGAGCUCCGCUCUCUCCGUUGGUUCGAGAUUCGUGGUUUGCGAGUCUUGCCUUGCCUUCCCGAAUCCUUGUGCCACCUCACGUCCCUCAAGGAGCUCAGCAUAGAAAAUUGCCAUGCGCUUGUCCAAUUGCCCGAAGGUCUGGGAGAGCUCUGCUCUCUAAGCAAGUUGGACAUUUGGCUCUUGCCUGGCCUGACUUGCCUUCCUCAAUCCUUGCGCCGCCUCAUGUCCCUACAGGAACUCGAGAUUAGAGGGUGCAUAGAGCUUGGCGAACUGCCCGAAUGCCUGGGUGAGCUCCACGGCCUACGCACGUUAACUGUUUGGCGAUUGGACAGCAUGACCUGUCUUCCCCAAUCUUUAUGCCGCCUCGCCACCUCCCUUAAAGAGCUUCAGAUCUUAGCUUGCCCAGGCCUCACAUCAUUGCCGGGGUGGAUAAAGGGCCUCACCGCUCUGCGGCUAUUGGAGAUCGAGUGGUGCCCCGAUCUGGAGAGGCACUGCGAGAGAGGAGAGGGGGAGGACUGGCACCUCAUCUCCUACAUCCCUCAUCUACGGAUUGGCCGGAAACGCAUAUACUAG